AUGGCCGAGCGAGCGGAGAGCAUAGCCCAGGGCUACGCCCGCCGGCUUCGUGCCCUGGAGGCGGAGCGGGCGGCGGAGAAGAUCGACUCCGAAGCGCAGUUCCAUAAGCUCGAGCGCUCCUACACUUCGCUGCGCACGGAGCGGGAUGAGCUCGCAGCGACCAACGCGGCGCUCGCACGACAGCAGGCGGGGGCGGGGGCGGCGAGCGACGAGCUCCGCGCUUCGGUCGACUCGCUGCGCCGUGAGCGCCGCUCGCAGGACGAGGAGAUCAAGAAGCUGCGCGACGCGGAGAAGGCGCUCGAGGAGGAUCGGGCGCGGCUCAAUGCGCUCGCGGCGUCAAACAGCGAACACGCGGCGGCGCUCGCGUCGGAGCUAGAGGCGGAGCGGGGGCGGCUGGCGGAGGAGCGGACUGCCGGAGGCGUCGGCAGCGCGCCGCUCUGA